AUGGCGAGCAGAGCUCUUAUACUAAUCACCGUGGCCAUGACCAUGCUUGGGACGGCCCUCGCUGCCAGCCACACCGUAGGCGCGCCGGACGGGUCGUGGGACCUUCAGACCAACUACUCCCAGUGGGUUUCGAGAAUCAGGUUCACCACCGGCGAUGAGCUCAGGUUCCAGUACUCCGCCGCCAUGCACAGCGUGGUAGAGGUGAGCAAGACGGGGUAUGACUCCUACAAUGGCUCCAGCCCCAUAACAACUUUCCUGACCGGUAAUGAUGUUGUUCCGCUUGCCACCAUCGGGACCCGGUAUUUCAUCUGCGGCGUCUCCCGGCACUGUGACGCCGGCAUGAAGGUCGAGGUCAACAUCAAGUCGAAAGAAGUGCGGACUGUGCAGCGGUGCCGAUGGACAGGGAACCAGCGUCGCUGCCAGUCCGAGACAGCAUUAAGCUCAGCUGUGUCAACUGGUGUUGAUCAGUCUACGGUGGUCCGGCUUGGUCUG